ACAUUUGGAUGCUUUGCACUUUGGGAUGGGUAUGUAUAGGGAGGCAGUGAGCUUAAUGCACCCGGGCGUGUAAAAAUGCAUUGUGCAUUGCAAGUACCCCUAGAGCUCUACCCUCAUUACUUAUAGUCCUAUAAAAGUCCUCUUGAACAUUACUGCUGGCAGAUAGCUGCCUUAUCCCUUUGGACCACACAUCACUUCAGACCACCAAGUAAUCCAAGUUUCUUUACCAUACUUUAGAGACUGACCACUGCCAAGCUCAGCUUCACAUUAAUCCAGAGUAUUAUCUGUCCUGGUGCUCCACCCAUAACAAAUAUAAAAGAAAACUAACUAACGCUCUCUAGAGCUUCAAUAUAUCAGUGCUACAUGUGCACUAUAUACUUCAUUUCAGCCUUUUUUGUUGGACAGUAAAUAUCUUUCUGAACAGGAUAGCAUUAAACAUAGAAACGAAUUCCAGUCAUUAAGCUGCAAAAUUAAAAAUGAGGAAAAAAAACUGAACUGAAUCCAAGUAAAGAUUUGAUAACUCUCAAUGCACAGACUGCUGAUCAAACAACAAAGACUUGAAUGUUCUAGCAUAGAUGAUCUCAUUCUCAGUGCAUCACCACACCAGUUCCUGAUUAGCACAUCAUCAUAUUAGAGAAACCACCCAGUGACCGGCCAAAUAUCUGUUAUUCAUGCAUUUAUCACGUCUUUACCGACAUAAAACAAACAAGAAGAAAAAGAUGACUUUUGAGUGAUCUCAUAUUGGCACUGUGACAUUUAAAAGGGGACAGUAAAGCUGAUGUGAAUGUGAGAUGAAUUCUCAGUCAACCCCUGGUUGCAGCUGGAAUCAGCCAUGGCAGCUGCUAAGCCAAAAGGGCAGAACUCUCUAGCCCUUCACAAAGUGAUUAUGGUGGGCAGCGGAGGAGUGGGCAAAUCUGCCCUUACGCUCCAGUUCAUGUAUGAUGAGUUUGUUGAAGACUACGAGCCAACCAAAGCAGACAGCUACAGGAAGAAAGUGGUGCUGGACGGAGAGGAGGUACAGAUCGACAUCCUCGACACAGCUGGACAAGAAGACUACGCAGCCAUCCGAGAUAACUACUUUCGCAGUGGCGAGGGUUUCCUCUGUGUAUUUUCCAUCACAGAACUGGAGUCGUUUGCAGCAACAGUAGACUUCAGAGAGCAGAUUCUGCGAGUGAAGGAGGAUGAGAACGUGCCCUUCCUCUUGGUCGGUAACAAAUCAGACUUGGACGACCGACGGCAGGUCAGCGCGGACGAGGCCAAGGCACGCGCCGAACAGUGGGGCGUGUGCUACGUGGAGACUUCUGCCAAAACCCGUGCCAAUGUUGACAAGGUGUUCUUUGACCUGAUGAGAGAGAUCCGGGCGAGGAAAAUGGAGGACAGCAAAGAGAAGAACGGCAAGAAGAAAAGUAAAAGUUUGGCCAAGAGAAUUAGAGAGAGAUGUUGUAUUUUAUAGUGGUAAAAGAGAGCAGGAUAGCUGCUUAUGUACAUAUACAUUUCUCAGACUUUUGCAUUUAUUUUGUGCCCAUACCUGACCACGACUCUCUGUCCCUGGUCAACAGGACGUCUGAGCGUGCGUCAGGGAGUAGUAAGGUGGCACUCCAUACACCAUUUAUAGCUCUAACUUUUUAUGUGCUGACACUCCAAAUAAUUUAUGUACUCUCUCUCUUACUCUGACCACGUUACAGAGUGUAAUAAAUGGACGGUGUUUUAAUUUAGGCCUAAGCUUGACAAGAAGCUAAGGCCCCAUGAAAUGUUCCAAAACCUUUUCAUUGUAAAGUUUGAUGUGUAUAAUAUAUUCAGACAACUGUGCAGUUCAAGUUCAAAAGAUGAGAUGAAAUGAAAGUGUCAUAGCCAAGGUUUUAAAUGGGGAAGCUAUAACUGGAGCUCAAUAUUGGGAAAACCCCAAGUCAUGUAAUCAGUCCACCGUCUCGGGUAGGAAAUGUAAGUUAACACACUCAGCAAGGGUGUCCAACCACAAAUUCAUCAAGUGCCACCGAGGAAAAUCUACAUUUGCACUGGUGAAUCUACGAAACAUUUUAAUUUGAAAGACUGUUGUGUUAUCUUAGCCAGAGCCUAAAUUUGAUGCCAUUCCUGUUUGUUGUUUUAUUACGUGGUAAUGGGUUUUGAACACAUAUUUUUUAUCUGUGAAGUUUUUCUUUCUUCUCUUUUUUCUCUCUAUCAUAUCAACCAGUGUAAGAUAAGCGCACUAAUCCUUUUUCUCAAUUUUCUUUCCCCCCCUUUCCAGUCACUUUGUUGAGUCCUUCUCAAAUGCACAAAAAAAAAAAAAACAUCGAUCGUUACCCUUAAAUCUGUGAGGGAUCUUACAACACUUGAACUUUUUUCAAUUCUAACAUUUCAGAAGUUUUACCUCACUUGGCUAAUGACUUUUCAUUGCCUUUUUUUUUUUUUUUUUGGUUGCGAUAAAGGAAUCCCUGGUGCUCUGAUAAAAGGUGAUUCCUAUAACACUACAUCCUUUACAUGCUGUGUUCAACACAUCUUAAAGUUGAUAAAUUGCUUCCAGUCAUGUAAAGAUUCCGUUUGCCAAUUUUACUUUACUGGCUCAGACUUUUAAUCACCAAUUGUUUACCCCCCUUCUUUUUUUUUGACUUGUAUGUAUUUCUUAAUUGGGCUAAAACGGGAAUACAUUAAUGGGUAGAUGAAUUUUAAGGCAUAAAAUAUAGAGAAAAGGAAUACAGGCUGAUAGAUGUAAGGUGGUACCUGCCCAAAAAAGUUGCUCUCAGUCACCAAAGAACAAUGCUAGCUAGUGCAAACAAGUGCCCACUUUAUUAAUUGAAACGAAUCACAACUUGCAUCAAAAGGAGCGACGCACCGCAUCUCGUCAGCCAUGUUUGUGUAAACACUAUCUAUGAUGGAGGUAAAGGUUGGACGGGUGUCAGGGGAAGUAAAAUAGGUUUAAUUCUAAACGGCCUGGGAAAGAAACGCAAGGUUACGAGGGCUUUAGUAAUUCAUGUACAGUGCACACCGUUGCCUACCUGUCCACUGCGAAUGUGAAUAAUCCCCUCUUUCCAUCCUGUUUGCCUGUAAUCGUAGGCUGCUAAUGAUGUGCAGAGUUUCUACACUCUGCUUUGUUUACCUUUUUGUUACGGUUUGUGCAAAACCACCCUGUGUUAUAACACUGUUGUAACAUCGAAAUCAAACACCUGAUUACGUUUACUUCAUCUCGCUCAUGUAGCUGAAUAACUUGACAGGCAAGUGAAGAUUGAAGCAGUGUAAAAAAAUUGGAAAAAUGAGAAUUUAGCACAUGAUUAACAGUUAAAUUACAUAGACCAAAACACACUGUGAAAUCUGCCCCUCCUAUUAUUUUUUUUUAGUUUACUUAUAACUGAGCCAUUUUUUUUUUCCACCAUUACACUUUAUUUGAAUGUUAUUUUAAAGUCUAACAACCAUCUAUGAUUCAGUUUUUUAAGUUACUAACAUAAGAGUAAAUGUUGCGUGCGUUGCCGACAGCAACAGCUCACCAUUUACAUUUAAAGAAUUUCCACAACAAAUAUGAUGCCCAAUACUGGAGUCUAUGCAAAAACAACUUCUGUAACUGCAAAGAGGAAGAGUAAACGAAACUUGGAAAUAAUUCAAAACAUCAGUGCUCGACUGUGGUUUGGUAUUGUGUUGCACUUCUUGUUUGUAGAUCAGACCACAGCUUCAAAAAAUGAACACUCAUCAUUCAAAUAUUACGAAAAUACAGAUUCCCUGAAUUAAUACAAGAACACUAAAGAAUCCCUGGCUUUGAUUACAGGCUUUGUCAGUUCGUCAACCGUACUGUGACAAAAAGACAGUAAUGCAAAAGAAUGUUUUGUGGUAGUUCUUAUUUAUUGAAAAGCACACUGUAGAGUGAGAGUUUAAAGAUAGGGAGGGAGGGAGGGAGGGGGGGUGUGAGGUAAGCUCGAACCCAAAAUGUUAGGAAUCCAUGGCGUCAGAAUGUUUGGAAAGUAGUUUGGAUUAAUAUGUUUUUAAAGGGCUAACCUCCAGUACACCAUACCAUGAUUGAGACAACCCCCCUGAAAGUAACAGAAAAUGACGUAGAGCGAAAAGAAAGUCUUUUAUGGCAUACCUUCCUCAGCUUACGGCCAUUACAUUAAGUGCUGUGUGUCUUCAUUGUUGAGGAUUGUUGAAGCUACUAUACUUAAAAGUGACCACCGUAGUGCUUGCUUACUCUAACAUUGGCUUUACACAGUUGCAUUCUCGUUUCAGAAGCAAACAUCCAUAAUCGAUCUAAUUUUUUCCCAUCGUCUUCAUGUAUAGCUAAUAGACUCGAUGGCCCAAAUAUUUUCAGCUGGGUUUUAAAGGGUGAUACUAAAACAGUGAAAGUUUGUGUGUGAAAGCUACGAGCAAGCUGUCCUACUGGGUAUUCAGAUAAGUUGUUUUGCCUUUUAUAUAAAUACCCUUGGAAUUUGAGAAAAAAAAAAAAAAAAGGAUAUAUACUGUAUGUCUUUGGUUGGAUGGUUGGAUGUAUGCCAUCAAUUAAAUGUUUCCUUCAUGUUUACUUAUUUUAAACAUAACCACUAAUGUAGCCUAUCUGUUUGUGAAUGCAAGAGGUGAAGCUUACAUUUCAAUUCAUUUUUUGUGAGUUAUUUGGAAAUGGCAAAUAAAGUGGAUAUUACUAAUAACA